GAGACAGUGAGGGCUGUGAGAACGGGUUAAUUGAAUUUCUAGCUUUUUCGGAGUCAGGUUAACACAACAGCCAAAAUGUCAAGCAAAAGGGCAAAGGGAAAGACCACCAAGAAGCGCCCCCAGCGCGCCACCAGCAAUGUGUUUGCCAUGUUUGACCAGUCUCAGAUCCAGGAGUUCAAGGAGGCCUUCAACAUGAUUGACCAGAACCGUGAUGGGUUUGUCGACAAGGAGGACCUGCACGACAUGCUGGCCUCACUGGGAAAGAACCCUACUGAUGAAUACCUGGAGGCUAUGAUGACUGAGGCACCUGGGCCCAUCAACUUCACAAUGUUCCUCACCAUGUUUGGAGAGAAGCUCAAUGGCACAGACCCUGAGGAUGUUAUCCGAAAUGCUUUUGCCUGCUUCGACGAAGAGGGAACAGGAGUCAUCCAGGAGGAAUACCUCAGAGAGCUGCUGACAACGAUGGGCGACCGCUUCACGGACGAGGAGGUGGAUGAGCUCUUCAGGGAGGCGCCCAUCGACAAAAAGAGCAACUUCAACUAUGUUGAGUUCACGCGCAUCCUUAAACACGGAGCCAAGGACAAGGACGAUUAAGCCCUCAGCCGAGCCAGUUGUUAUAAUGGUUUCUCACCCCCUCAACCCUUUUUCCCACAGCUAGACCAUCUUGCCGCAUGUCUCGGCUCUAUAAACCCCUUUGUUCAGCAAGGCGAAGCAACGGCUAUCAACCAUGCCAUGAGCCCCCAUUUCAGUACUGCCAGAUUUGCACAUCUGUUUGAGAUAGCUGGUGACUGUGAAUUUGCAAAACAGUGUACAAAAUACAACUUUGGAAGCAAGCGCCUAUGCUACUCAUGACCUGGUCUAGCUGAAUUUUUACAUUUUAUAAUAAAUAGAAACUUUUUAAAUACACUGAACUUGUAUAUGGGUCUGUUCUUUGCCCUGUAAAACCAUGACUUGAUUGUUAAAAUAAACCUUACACCUAUUCUG